AUGUGCGCGCCUGUGCCUUGGGGGCUGGAUUCUCUUCCUGAGUCAGAGAAGCCAAAGGAGCUCCCAGCCAUGGAAGACGCUGGGCAGCCAGGAACACAUCCUCUCAGAGACCCCUGCCGGAGCUUCACUCCCGGGCACCUGGAGAGAGAAAAGCCAGCCCAGGACCCGCUGUACGACAUACCAGACACCAGCCGGGGGCAGACAGGUGGACCCCAGCAGUCGGCGCGCACUGUGAGCCUGCGGGAGCGCCUGCUGCUCACCCGACCCGUGUGGCUACAGCUGCGGGCCAAUGCAGCAGCUGCACUGCAUGUGCUGAGGACCGAGCCCCCAGGGACAUUCCUGGUGCGGAAAUCGAACACUCGCCAGUGCCAGACUCUGUGUGUGCGGCUACCAGAGGCCAGUGGCCCCUCUUUCGUCUCCAGCCACUACAUCCAGGAGAGCUCUGAGGGCGUCUCCUUGGAGGGCUCGGAUCUCAUGUUCCCUGACCUUGUUCAGCUCAUCUGUGCCUACUGCCACACCCGAGACAUUCUUCUCCUCCCGCUCCGGCUCCCCAGAGCCAUACACCAGGCAGCCACCCACAAGGAGCUGGAGGCUAUCUCCCAUCUGGGCAUUGAGUUCUGGAGCUCCUCUCUCAACACCAAAGCUCCGCAGGGCCCACUUGAAGGCCCACCCCUGCCCAGGCUGAAGGCCCGAUCCCCUCAGGAGCUGGACCAGGGCACUGGCGCUGCCCUCUGCUUCUUCAACCCCCUGUUCCCAGGAGACCUGGGCCCCACCAAGCGAGAGAGAUUCAAGAGGAGCUUCAAAGUGCGGGUGUCCACAGAGACCUCUAGUCCCCUGUCACCACCUGCUGUGCCACCUCCCCCAGUCCCUGUGCUGCCAGGGGCCGACCCCAGUCACACAGAAAGGCUGCCCCCUGGGCGGCUUCUGAGAAGGGAGAGCUCAGUGGGGUACCGUGUGCCUGGAGGCACCAGCCAUGUCCUCCCACUCCUGCCCUCCCUCCAGGAGGUGGACUGUGGCUCUCCCAGCAGCUCUGAGGAAGAGGGGCCAGCUGGGUUCAGGGGGAGUCCCAUGACAUCCCCUGGCCUUGGCCGCCGCAGGCCUCUGCUCCGGUCCAUGAGCACUGCUUUCUGCUCCCUGCUGGCUCCGGAGCGGCAGGUGGGCCGAGCAGCUGCAGUGUUGAUGCAGGACAGACACACAGCUGUGGGCCAGUUGGUGCAGGACCUACUGACCCAGGUGCGGGCCAGCCCAGAGCCCCAAGAGCUGCAGGGCAUCCGCCAGGCACUGAGCCGGGCCCGGGCCAUGCUGAGCGCAGAGCUGGGCCCUGAGAAGCUGCUACCGCCAGAGAGGCUGGAACACAUCCUGGAGAAGUCCCUGCAUCGCUCUGUGCUCAAGCCUCUCCGGCCCAUCCUGGCAGCCCGCCUGCGGCGCCGGUUUUCUGCAGAUGGCUCCCUUGGCCGCCUGGCUGAGGGCCUCCGCGUGGCCCGAGUGCAAGGCCCUGGAGCCUUCGCGUCCCACCUGAGCCUGCCCUCCCCAGCGGAGACUGAGCAGGUGCGCCAGAAGCUGCUGCAGCUGCUCCGCACCUACUCACCCAGUGCCCAGGUGAAGCGGCUCUUGCAGGCCUGCAAGUUGCUCUACACGGCCCUGAGGACCCACGUGGGGGAGGGCGCAGGCGCAGAUGAAUUCCUGCCUCUGCUGAGCCUUGUCUUGGCCCAGUGUGACCUUCCUGACCUCCUGCUAGAAGCCGAGUACAUGUCGGAGCUGCUGGAGCCAGCUCUGCUCACUGGAGAGGGUGGCUACUACCUGACCAGCCUGUCGGCCAGUCUGACCCUGCUGAGCAGCCUAGGCCAGGCCCACACCCUCCCCCUCAACCCCUCCCAGGAGCUGCAGCGCUCCCUGAGCCUCUGGGAGCAGCGCCGCCUGCCUUCCACCCUCCACUUCCAGCACCUCCUUCGAGUAGCCUACCAGGAUCCUGGCAGCGGUUGUACCUCCAAGACUCUAGCUGUGCCUCCUGGGGCCUCAAUUGCCACCCUGAACCAGCUCUGUGCCACUAAGUUUCGAGUCAGCCAGCCAGAGGCUUUUGGCCUAUUCUUGUACAAGGAGCAGAACUACCACCGCCUGCAGCCUGGAGCCCUGGCCCACAAGCUUCCCACAGAUGGCUAUCUGGUCUACCGCCGGGCAGAGCGGCCUGGGACCCCAGGGACUGCAGCAGAGGAGGCAGGCAGUGGGCAGCCAGUGUCAGGUAGCCAGAAUGAGGAGAAGRGGGUGCAGGGAGAUGAGGAUGUGGAAGCCAGAGCCAGCCCCAGGGACAGUGGGGAAGAGUCAGAGACAACUGUUGAGGGAGGAGAGGGUUAGGUCAGGGGGAACCUUCAAGAGCCAGAGGCUGCGGGACCCAAGCAGCAGAGGAGUAGCUAGAAGGGGCCAGAAGCAUCACCUGGGGCAGAAGCCUCUGAGCUGGUGGGAAAGACCCUCAUAGCCAUCAACCCCACCGCGCAAGGCCACAGCCUUCUUGGCAACCCCACCCAGCCAUCUCUGGUGUCCGCCACCACCUCUGAGUGGCACUUAUCUCCGUGAGCCUAUCUGCCGAGGAGCUGGGAGACUGGCCACUUCUGAGUAA